GGGUCGGGCUCUACGACUCUCCCCCCUCCGGGUCCGUGGCGAAAUCCGAGCCAUGCAGCGGCUGGUCGAUGAGCCGGACUUGGAGGAGCUGGACCUGGAGGGCCAGUUGCUGGGGAAGAAGGGCGCCCAGAGGCUGGCGCGGGGCCUCUUGAGCCAUCAGAGCCUGCGGGAGCUGAACUUGGCAAGGGCCAGCAUCGGCGAUGAGGGUGCCGCUUACAUUGCAGGUGCCUUGCAGAGGAACCGCUCCUUGGAGUCGCUGAACCUCCGCAACAACGGCAUCGGGGACACGGGCUGCGAGGGAUUGGCGGAGGCGCUGAAUGAUGUGGAUGGCAGCCUCACUGAGCUGAACCUGAGCCACAACUCCUUUGGAGACGUCGGCCUCAGCGCGCUGAAGGUUCUGGCGCAGAGCAGUCUCAGGGAGCUGGACCUUUCUGGGCAGAAGUCCGUCAGCUCCGAGGCCUGGAGCUCUUUCGCGGGGCGGCUGGGUCAGACCCGUUUGCGGGGCCUGAAACUGCGGCAGAACCCAGCCCUGGCAGACGGCUUCUGCGAAGCUCUGCCAGCAGACCUCGGUUCACUGCAGGAGCUUGACGUGUCCCUUUGCUCAGUGAGCGUAAUCAGCGUGGGGCGGCUGUUCUCGCUGUCGCACGUGCAGCUGCUGGGGAACUCCCUCACCGACCAGGUGAUGGAGGUGCUCAGUGAUGCACUGGCCAACGACUCUCCCUUGGAGUCCCUGGAUUUUUCCCGCUGCGGCCUCACUGGCGCCUGCUGCGGUUCCCUGGCCCGCGCGCUGCAAAGAGCGGCGGACGAGCUCUCGAACCUGCAGACGCUACACCUGGACCGCAACGACUUGGGCUUCCAGGGCGCCAUCGCUCUGGCGCCUGGACUGCAGCUGGGGGCCCUGCGCCAGCUCACGCUCCGAGAGUGCAAGCUGGGCGACGGGGGCGUGGGGGCACUGGCAGAGGCCUUGGAAAGCAACCGCACGCUCAAGGAGCUGGAUCUCGCCGGAAACGAGGUCUCGGACCUGGGCGCGGAGAGCCUGGCUCUGGCCUUGGAGAAGGGGCCCCGGCUGAUGACCUUGGGCCUGAAGACCAACCUCAUCGGUGACGCAGGAGCCGGGGCUUUGGCCAAAGCCUUCAGCAAGAACUCGGCCCUCGAAGAGUUGGACCUCGGGAAGAACUGCAUCACCAUGCCAGGCAUCAGCCAGCUUUGCGCAGCAUUGGAGAAGAACGGCAGCCUUCGAAGCCUCGUUCUGGAUGGCAACGAGGCUGACCAGGAAGUCAUGGACACAGUGGAGACCUUGGCUGCCGAUGUGAUGUCUCGCCGCGAGAGGCUGCCUAAGCCUGUCCCGCCAGCACCGCCUCACAGUUCCGACAGCGAGGAUGGGUCCAGCCCAAGUGCAUCGUCAGACGAAGCGUCAAAGCGGAAAGCAACACGUGAAGUGCGCAAGGAGAAGGUCGAGAGCGGGGACAAGACAAUGAGCAUGGUGGAUGACUUUGUGCAGCGCACCUGUCCCUUGACGACUUUGGGAGAGUCCCGGUGGUUCCCUUUGAAGCUUUGUCGGCUCCUGGGGCUUAUGCUGCAAGAAGAGAAGAAUGUGCCGACGUUGGAAUCCUGGGACUCUGCGGGCACCACCGCCAGCGAGCGUGAGAGACUGCUCUCGAAGGAGGCUGAGACGCUGGAGGCGCGGCCGGCGAAGCCAGCGAGGGUCAUCAAGACCAAGGGCCCAGUGGUGCAAAAGUUGUGGUCAGAGCAGAGCAAGAUCCGGGAGCAGCUGCAAGCCACAGACCGCAGCAACGCGGAAGGUUAUUUGCAGCUGGAAUGGCAGCUGAACAAAUACAUGGCGGAGAUGGAGGAGAAGCACGCCAAUGCGGAGGCGGUGAUUCUGGAUCUUGCGAAAGAGCUGGUGCGCACUGCACAGGAGGUGGAGACCAUCAACUCCCAGGGCGCAGCGGUGGAGGAGCGAUUGGAGCAGCUGGAGUCGGUUCUCUCGUCGGGCCGCGGCGGAGCCCUCCAGGAGAAUGCGGGGGAAGCGCCACAGAUGGAGCAUGUCUUCACUCUUGAGGCUCCUUCCGGCUGUGGGGAAUCAGGAGUACGCAGCUCUACGAUGAGCCGUUUCUCCAUGCAGCGCCAGAGGGGACAGGCCGCCACCUGGAGUGGCUAUGUGGCGCCAGGCGAAGAUCUCGUCAGCGCAGCACAACAGAAGUUUGCUACAAGGACGCGGCUGGCGCCAAGCAAGGCUAGCUUGGAGAGCCCCAGCGUGGCUGCGGCGGUGAGCCGCGCCUUGGAGGAGCAGCUGCAGCGCGCGGAGCGGCGGCUCAGCGCCUGCGCCGCGGAGCUGCGCACGUCGCUGACAGCAGCGGCUGUGGAGUCCCAGAAGCAGGAGUUUGCGGAGGAGCUGGAGAAAGCCCUUUCAAGUUUGCGCUCGGCCUGGGAUGCCGAGAAGAUGAAGUCGCCCACUCGCAAGGAGAGCGACCAGGCUGGCCUCCCGGAAAAGCAGGCAGCAGGCAGUGGCUUGCUGGAUGUGCCGCAGGAGAGCGAUUUGUCGCCCAAGACGCGAACUGCGAAGCGGCGCCCCAGCCGAGUGCUGGGGGCGCUGGCUUGCCUGGGAGUAGUGAAGUCGGCGAAUGGCGAAGCUGACGAUGCUUGA